AAAAUUCUCAGAUUUCAAAAUUUGACUGUUUUUGUACAACCAACAUGUACUUCUUCUCGUAUUUAAUCCACGUCCUACUCCAAGUCUUAGAUCUCUGCAAUUGAAUAAACAACACCCUUUUUUUCCUCCACUUUGCUCCUCAUUACUAUCAUUAAUGAUUCCCACAGUUUCGUUUUGUCUCCUAAACUGAACCUUCGCUUUCUUGCUUUAUAUUCCUUUGAUCAUUGUUUUUCAAUUCUUUAUAGAAACUUCAGAAUAUGGAAUGGUUCUCGGAAAAGGGUUGCUUUAACUUUGGAGUUCUGAGCCUUCUAUCAAGUUCUUAAAUGGGCAUUGCUUUGUUUCUUAAGUUUUGAGCGUUGUGGUUCACUUCAUUUGAGGGUUUGGUUUGCACGUCGAACCUUCAAAUUUCUUAUUUUUAAGGCUUGCUUGUGCUGAUUGCGAUUGUUGAUGCCAUCUUAGUGGGUUUUGUCAUAGCUUGGACUCUCAUCUCAACUCUUUAAGGUCUUGGUCGAGAAAAGAAAAAGACUUCUUUGCCUAUUUUCCAAAUGGGUCAUCCAGCAGCGGUAUGGGAUUACAAGGCGGCUACUGAGAUUACAAAGGACUGGAAUGGAAUCGAUCAAGUUGUGCUCCGGAGCCCACAUGGAGCUUCAGCAAGGGUAAGCUUGUACGGAGGACAGGUCACUUCAUGGAGAAACGAACAUGGGGAAGAACUCCUAUUCACUAGUAGUAAGGCGAUCUUCAAGGCCCCAAAAGCAAUGAGGGGAGGAAUACCUAUCUGUUUCCCACAGUUUGGGAAUGGUGGAUCAACAGAACUGCAUGGAUUUGCAAGAAACAAGAUUUGGACGAUCGACGAUAACCCUCCACCUCUACAUCCAAUUGAUUCCCAUGGGAAAUCUUUUGUCGAUCUUCUACUUAAACUGUCUGAGGAGGACAUGAAAUGCUGGCCCCAUAGUUUUGAAUUUCGUCUCAGGGUGUCUCUUGCAGCAGAUGGAGAUUUGAAUAUGAUAUCACGUAUUAGGAAUCUAAAUGGAAAACCAUUUACUUUUUCAUUUGCUUACCACACGUACUUCUCAGUAUCUGACAUAAGUGAAGUGAGGAUAGAAGGCCUGGAGACACUUGACUAUUUGGACAACCUUUGUCAAAAAGAGCGGUUCACCGAGCAAGGGAGCGCCGUAACAUUUGAGUCUGAGGUGGAUCGUGUUUAUAUCAGUGCGCCUAAUGCGAUUGCUAUUCUUGAUCAUGAAAAGAAGAGGACUUACGUGAUAAGAAAGGAGGGACUGCCAGACAUAGUGGUUUGGAAUCCAUGGGAGAAGAAGUCAAAAUCAAUGGGGGAUCUUGGGGAUGAGGAAUACAAACAGAUGGUCUGUGUUGAUGGAGCAGCAGUUGUGAAACCUAUCGCCAUAAAGCCUGGCGAGGAAUGGACAGGGCGAAUGCAGCUCAAGGUUGUUCCUUCAAGCUUUUGCAGCCAUCAUCUUGGUCUCUAGAGUUGAUGAAGGUCAGAGACAGUGCCAAGGAUGAAGAUUGAGAGCCUCAGUUUGUUUGUUUGUUUCUUUAUUUUUUUUAGAAUUAUAAAGAGCCUGAGAUUAUGCUAGGAUGUUCAAAUGUCUAGAAGUAGAUAAGUUAUAUGGUAAGUGAUUACGUAGAGGUGGUCAAGUCUUGGUCCGGUUCAGGAUAUGGGAUGAUGAAACUCGUCUAAAGCCUACAAUUUUUAAAAAUGGCAUACCCCUUGUUUUUUUAAAUAAUAAAUAGUAAGUUCAAAGUU